CAACUAUUGCGGUUACUUCAAAAACUGGAAUGAGUUGGAAAAAGUUUGUUUACUGUUCGAUAAGCAUGACAGACAAGAAUCUGUGAUCAUAUUAAAGGACCAAACAUCAUAUGCACUUGACCCAAAAUGUCUUUCACAAUAAUCCAUUUCAAUGAUGUGUACAACAUAGAGCCUCAGUCUGACGAGCCACUAGGGGGCGCUGCUCGUUUUGCGGGAUAUGUGGCCAUGUGUAAAGAACAGCAUCCUUUAGUCCUCUUCAGUGGUGAUGCCCUCAACCCAUCACUCAUGAGCAUCUUCUUGAAAGGAGAGCAGAUGCUGCCCGUCCUGAAUGGUGUGGGAGUCAAUUGUGCUGUCUAUGGCAACCAUGACUUUGAUUUUGGUGUGGACCAUUUAGAGGAUUUUGCUGAGCAGUCAUCAUUUCCAUGGUUACUUAGCAAUGUCAAGGACAAUCUGGCAGAGGAACCACUAGCAUUAGGAGAAGUAGCGCACAGCUUGGUGUGGAAUGACAUAAAGAUUGGCUUUGUUGGUUUGGUGGAGGAGGAGUGGAUAGAGACACUGGCGACCCUUGACCCCGAGGAUGUCACAUACCUAGACUUUGUCACCGAGGGUCAGAGACUCGCCAGCCUCCUAAAGAAAGAGCAAGGCUGUGACAUGGUAAUAGCACUGACCCACAUGCGAUGGCCAAAUGACCGCCGGCUGGCAGAAAGUGUUCCAGAUAUAGACAUCAUCCUGGGAGGCCAUGACCACGACUAUGGAGUAGAGAUGGUGAACAACACGUACAUUGUGAAGAGUGGUACUGACUUCCGGAAUCUCAGCAACAUCAAGGUGACGAGGACAGGAGAUGGGUGGGAGUUCGACAUCCAGAGAGUGGAUCUAGACUCUAGUAUACCUGAAGAUCCCCUCAUGAAGGAGAUUGUGGAUAGUAAACUUGAGGCUGUGGGGUCCAGGAUGGAUGAGGAGCUGGGGGAGAUGGCUGUGGAGAUGGAUGGCCGAUUCCAGAAUAUACGUACCCAGGAGACUAAUCUAGGUAAUUUUGUGAUGGACAUCAUGCUGACAGCAACCAAGGCUGAAAUAGCACUGCUCAACUCAGGGACUUUCAGAUCUGACAAAAUACAUCCAAAAGGAGUCUUCAAAAUCAGGGAUCUUCUCACCAUAUUGCCUCUCGUUGAUCCGCUGGUGGUUCUUAAGGUCACAGGAUCCCAGCUCCAUCAAGCUCUAGAGAACGGGGUGUCCAAGUACCCAAAACUGGAGGGGCGUUUCCCUCAGGUGUCAGGGAUGGUGUUUGGAUUUGACCCCAGCAAACCUCCAGGGGAACGUGUGGACUCCCGCUUGGUGAAGGUACAAGGUGGAUACCUUGAGCUGGACAGGGUGUACACUCUGUGUACCAAGGAGUACAUCGCUGCUGGGAAGGAUGGCUAUGAUGUGUUCAAGCCUUGUGAAAUAGCGGUGUCUGCUGAACAGUGUCAGUCUCUAUCGACGACCGUCAACAACCACUUUGACUCUGUGAAGAUCUACAAGGGGCAGAAACCAUGCAAGUCCGGACACAGACAGAGUCUCUUGUGUCUAGCUAGGAAGACCUCCAUGGUGAGGCAGGCCAGCAUGGAUCAGGUCCACAAGCCCUACCCCCUGGUGAGACAACAGAGCAUCCAUGAGGCAGAGGCGGAGCAGUGCUACCUGGCCCCCAAGAUAGACCACCGAAUCUUCCAGUACAACGACGAGAAACUGAAGCUGAUGUUGGCACUGAAGCCACAGUUUAGCAGGAUUCUCAGCAAAGUGUCUGAGGAUGCCAGUGACAGUGUGGAGAUGGCAGACGAGGACAACUGAUAAAAAUCACAACCUCUACCCGAUCACAUUUCCAAGUUUUAAUCUUGUUUUAGCUCACCUUGCUGACAGCAAACCUUUUGACUGACAUUAAGUUUUAAUGGCAUUAUGUGAAAAUCAUUCCAUUGCUGUUGCAACAAUUAUGAAUGCCAAAUAGCAGAUCUACCUCAGGACACAUCAAAUUUGUUCAUAACGUUGGUCGAGAAUAAGUUGCAGCUGUAUCAAGACUGGUAUAUGUGGUUUUAUGGGUCCCAUGUUAAAACCACAUAUACUCCUUGUGAUACUGCUACAGCGAAUUUAUCUUGCCAACAUAUUUCAAUAUGCCAUUAUAAAAGAAUUGAAAGAAAUUGAAAAUUGAUAGGAAACAGCUGUUCAAUUGAUCUGAGGUGAACUUGUGCUGUGUCAUGUGACUUUCAUCGACUCGUAAACAAUGCAUGGCUUUUAGCGUCAUAGCGGGGUGUAAGAGAUUUAUCCUCUCACUUAAAAAUUCACAUGCAGCCUGUGCAGCCUUCGCAUCUGGGUAAAAGGGAUUUAUCAACUUUUGUUCACUUCUUUUAAAACCAUUUUUUAGACACUUAUAUUUUUGUGACAAUCACAUUAAUUCAGGGACAUUAUGAUGGACUAAUGCAAAUGAUAUUAGAUUGUUAUAAGACAUAUGAGGGUGAUGUUUAGAACAUCUUCAAAAUCCUUGAAUAUGUACCGAACUUCAGCCUAACCAUGAAGAUCCAGAUUAGAACAGGUCUUCAGCAACCAUUGCUUUCAGUAAGAGGCGACUAUUCUUGUCAUAAGAGGCCGUAAGGUACUGUAAGGUGUAACUGCCCAAUAGUUAAGGUACCGUAAGGUGUAACUGCCCAAUAGUUAAGGUACCGUAAGGUGUAACUGCCCAAUAGUUAAGGUACCGUAAUGUGUAACUGCCCAAUAGUUAAGGUACCAUAAGGUGUAACUGCCCAAUAGUUAAGGUAUCGUAAGGUGUAACUGCCCAAUAGUUAAGGUAUCGUAUCGACAAGAAUUGCACAAGAAAAUUGCACAUAGCUUUCACAAGGCACUAUGUAAGCAUUCAAGGCUACAUCUGUGAAAAAUACCAUAUCAUUUUUAUCCACCGCCAUGAAGUGGGUCAGGGGACACAGGAACAGAGUUCAUCCAUCUGUCUGUCCGUCCUUCUGUCCGUCCGCUUCUCAAAGGGGACAAAUUUUCUCCAAAAUUAUUUAAGUUAGAGAAAUGAAAUUUUACA